CUCUGGAGGUCUUUAUAGAUCUGUGAGUUUAUGAUUUUAUGAUUGACAUCUCUCCUUCAUGAUAACAGAUCCAAAAGCAAACAUGACUUUAAUAACCAUCAUUAUUUGGACACUCACAACCUGCACCUGGAGUUCUGUGGGACAAACUCUGACUCAAUCUGAAGCUCAAACAGUUCAGCCUGAUCAGACUGUCACUAUUCACUGUAAUCAUAAACCAGCAAUAAACUGUAUUAGAACAAAUAAGUAUUGUAUGGCCUGGUACCAUCAGAUUCCUGGAGAUGUUCCUAAACUCCUGAUAUAUUCGACAUCAGACAGAGCUUCAGGUGUUUCUUCUAGAUUCAGUGGCAGUGAAAGUGGAAAUAAAAUGGAUUUUACUCUGACUAUCAGUGGAGUCCAGCCUGAAGAUUCAGGAGUUUAUUACUGUCAGAGUCAACACAGUAAGACAGGAGACUCAAAGAACCCAGACUGGGUGUUCACGUUCGGUGGAGGAACUCGACUCUCUGUUGGAACUGCCACUCGUCCCACUCUCACGGUCCUGCCGCCCUCCAGAGACGAGCUGCAGCAGGGUAAGGCUACAGUGGUGUGUGUGGGCAGUAAGGGAUUCCCCUCUGACUGGAAGCUGAGCUGGAAGGUGGAUGGCAGCAGCAGGAGCUCUGCUGUGAAUCUGAGUCCCAGUGUGCUGCAGAAGGAUGGACUGUACAGCUGGAGCAGCAGCCUGAGCCUCACUGAGAGUGAGUGGAGCAGAGCAACAACCAUCAGCUGUGACGCCACGCACCCAUCCCAGAAUGCAGUGACCGAGAGCCUGAACACACAGCAGUGUGAUGACCAGUGAAACACACACACAUCACACAGAGAUUAUAGGCAUGAAUAAUUAUUCAUUCUUACACACACAGUGUACCAUUUUGCUCUGUAUGUUAAUCUUUCUUUAAUCCUGUUUUAACAUGUAACUUUUCAAUAAAUGUGUGUUUGUUACAUUUUUUUUUACCAAUUAAAAGCUUUUUGAAUCAUUAA